GGUAGGAAGUUCUUUCAAUUUCUGUGCUUCAGAGAGCGGAGGGGAAGGGACACUUUUGAUUGCAUUUAACUCAAGAAAACCUACCGGAACUAAGAAAGAUGCCUGAAGAAAUGCGACAAGAGGAAGAGGCUGAGACCUUUGCCUUCCAGGCAGAGAUUGCUCAGCUUAUGUCCCUGAUCAUCAACACCUUCUAUUCCAACAAAGAAAUUUUUCUCAGGGAGUUGAUCUCUAAUGCCUCUGAUGCCCUGGAUAAAAUUCGAUAUGAAAGUUUGACUGAUCCCACUAAACUGGACAGUGGUAAAGAUCUUAAGAUAGAUAUUAUUCCCAACAAGCAUGAGCGUACUCUGACCCUUGUUGACACUGGAAUUGGGAUGACUAAAGCGGACCUCAUCAACAACCUGGGCACCAUUGCCAAGUCUGGCACCAAAGCUUUUAUGGAAGCGCUACAGGCUGGGGCUGAUAUCUCAAUGAUCGGGCAGUUUGGUGUAGGUUUCUACUCUGCCUACCUGGUUGCAGAAAAGGUGGUGGUCAUCACAAAGCAUAAUGAUGAUGAGCAGUAUGCCUGGGAGAGUUCUGCUGGAGGGUCUUUCACAGUCAAAGUUGACCAUGGGGAACCUAUUGGUCGUGGUACCAAAGUUGUUUUGCACCUUAAAGAGGAUCAGACUGAGUACAUAGAGGAAAAGAGAAUCAAGGAAAUUGUCAAGAAGCAUUCCCAGUUUAUUGGCUAUCCUAUUACACUUUUUGUUGAAAAAGAACGUGACAAGGAAAUCAGUGAUGAUGAAGCAGAGGAGGAAAAGACCGAGAAGGAGGAAGAUAAAGAAGACAGAGAGGACAAGCCUAAAAUUGAAGAUGUUGGUUCUGACGAUGAGGAAGAUAACAAAGACAAGAAGAAGAAAAAGAUCAAGGAGAAGUAUAUUGACCAAGAGGAAUUAAACAAGACCAAACCAAUCUGGACAAGAAAUCCUGACGACAUCACGACAGAAGAGUAUGGAGAGUUUUAUAAAAGUCUCACAAAUGACUGGGAAGAUCAUCUGGCAGUAAAGCAUUUCUCUGUGGAAGGCCAACUGGAGUUCCGGGCCCUACUCUUCAUCCCACGCCGUGCACCGUUUGACCUGUUUGAGAACAAGAAGAAGAAGAACAAUAUUAAACUCUAUGUCAGAAGAGUGUUUAUAAUGGACAGCUGUGAUGAACUCAUCCCAGAAUACCUAAACUUCAUUCGUGGCGUUGUGGACUCUGAAGACCUUCCACUCAACAUCUCCAGAGAAAUGCUGCAGCAAAGCAAAAUUCUGAAGGUGAUUCGCAAGAAUAUUGUAAAGAAAUGUCUUGAGCUCUUUUCAGAGUUGGCUGAAGACAAAGAAAACUACAAGAAGUUCUAUGAUGCCUUCUCCAAAAAUCUCAAGCUGGGUAUCCACGAAGACUCUCAGAACCGCAAGAAGCUGUCCGAGUUGCUGCGUUACCACAGCUCUCAGUCUGGGGAUGAGAUGACCUCCCUGGCUGAAUAUCUGACCCGCAUGAAGGACAAUCAGAAGUCCAUCUACUACAUCACUGGUGAGAGUAAAGACCAAGUGGCCAACUCUGCAUUUGUGGAGCGAGUUCGCAAACGUGGCUUUGAAGUGCUGUACAUGACCGAGCCCAUCGAUGAAUAUUGCGUCCAGCAGCUUAAGGAGUUUGAUGGCAAGACUCUAGUCUCAGUCACAAAGGAAGGUUUGGAGCUGCCUGAGGAUGAAGAGGAAAAAAAAAAGAUGGAAGACGACAAGGCCAAAUUUGAGAGCCUCUGCAAACUUAUGAAGGAGAUUCUAGACAAAAAAGUAGAGAAGGUUACAGUCUCAAAUCGUCUGGUGUCUUCUCCGUGCUGCAUUGUCACAAGCACUUAUGGAUGGACUGCCAACAUGGAACGCAUCAUGAAAGCUCAGGCUCUGAGGGAUAACUCUACAAUGGGCUACAUGAUGGCCAAGAAGCACCUGGAGAUCAACCCUGACCAUGCCAUUAUGGAGACCUUAAGGCAGAAAGCUGAAGCUGAUAAGAAUGACAAGGCAGUAAAGGAUUUGGUCAUCCUCCUGUUUGAGACAGCCCUGCUGUCCUCUGGGUUCUCAUUGGAUGACCCCCAGACACACUCAAACCGUAUCUACAGGAUGAUCAAGCUUGGACUUGGCAUUGAUGAUGAUGACGUCCCUGCAGAAGAGCCAAGUGCUGAAGCUGUUGAAGAUGAGAUCCCACCUCUAGAGGGCGAUGAUGCUUCACGCAUGGAAGAAGUGGACUAAGCUGUUAAAUGUCUGUGACCUCACUUCUCAGUAAUUUGUAAAUCUUUUUUUGAGGCCUGAUUAAUGUCCUUAUCAAUAUGGGUGGUCAAUACUGUAAUAUUUUAGUGGACUUGUGUUGGUCUUGUGAGCUUCAUUCUUAGAAUUUCAGCCAAGAUUUUACUUAUGGACAAGUGUUCCAGCUUAAUAGGCUGGUAACAUGUCCAAAGAGAACUCUGCACUGAAUUUGAAAUGGUAAAUGACAGAAGAAACUAUAUCACUACUUAGGGAGAUAAACCUGUUCAAGUGCAACUUGGACAUUGCACGAGCAAUGGAACUGUUUUAGCCCUGAAGUCUGUAUUUGGUGUUUGCUUUUCCUAAAUAAAACUGAACAACCGCCUUACAA